AUGCCCAUUUUUCUCCACAAAUUGAGUAGACUAAUCGACGUAGUAGCCGGAACUAAUAGCCUAUUUCCGUCCAUAGUAUCACUGCGAAAACCACGAAAAGGGAUCCGUUCUUGGGCGUUUUCUCCGUUGUCUGCCUUCUUGCUCAUUUCGUCAUCCGCGUCAUUAGAGUUACCAUUCACAUCUUCACUAUUACACUACACCACGCCCUAUCCCACCUGGUCGGAUCUUCCAACGCCUCAGUGGUGCGGACAUGUUGAAUUGUGGGGCCGAAGGCAAGCAGGGAAAUGGGACGGAAGAUUGGAAGUGUCAAACGUGGAUGAAGGGUGGGUGGGGUUGAAUGACUUUAACGACGAACAGAUAUCCUUGGCUGAGACGGUCGGCACGAAUUAUACUAAAGUAUAUUUGUGA